AAUAAGUUAUUGUGUGACACAGUUUUCUAACAUUAGUGUCUUAGCAUAGGACAACAAAAAUCUGUGUUGACUCCCUCCCUUCCUCCCUUCACCAUAUCAUUAUUAAGAGAGAAACAAAAAAGAGAAAGAGAGAGAGAGAGAGAAAGAGAGGGUGUGUGUGAUCUUGCAAGUUCUGUUCCGGCAACACCAACAAGGCAUGGCGAUUUCAGGGUCGGAGACUCAGAGUUCGUCCUCACUGAAAAUUGUGUCUCAGGUGGAAGUGGAGUGUGUGAAAUGCGACUCGUGCGGGUUCACAGAGGAAUGCACGCCUGCGUACAUCUCGAGGGUGCGUCAGAGGUACCAGGGUCGGUGGCUCUGUGGGCUGUGCGUGGAGGCUGUGAAACACGAGGUGGUGAGAUCAGAAAGUGUCAUCACCACCGAAGAAGCCCUGGACCGCCACAUCACUUUCUGCAGAGAGUUCCGAUCAUCCACCGUUCUCAACGAAACUGAGCACCCCAUCUUCGCCAUGGGACGCCUCCUCCGCCGGAGCCUCGAUUCUCCCAAGCCUCUCCGAUCGAACUCCACUGGAGCUCUCGGGGUUAAAGCCCUGCAAUUGAUUCGAUCGGAGAGUUGCUUCUCUUCAAUCUCCGGCUAAAAGUGUGAUCGUCCACUUGGAUCCUUUGGCAUUAGAGCUCUUUAUUGACAAAGAACAACAUGGUUGUGUUGUGUCUGAUGUGAACCUUCGGGGUGCAUCUUCUUCUCCAGGAGUUUUCUGCAAAUUGUAACAUGAUAUACCCCGAAACUGACAAAGAAAACAAGUGGGGUCAAGUAUACACAUCCAACAAAUCGGAACAUUAUUAAUUAUAUUAUAUGUCGUUUUAUUGCCAUUUGCGUGUUUUUAUUGAAGACUUGGAGCUCAUUCACUCGAAGAUAAAAAGAUAAAAAUAUUUAAACAA